AUGCCUGAAGAAAAGCACUCUGCAAACACACUCCCAGGCCAUGGCAAUUGGCCUUUGCAGAGGCCCGCCCACGCCCUCACCUAUGACGAGGUCACAGGCAAACUACAGGCCGACCUAGACGACGGCCUGUCGCCCACCGAGGCCACGACCCGUCUCGAGAAGCACGGUCGAAAUGAACUGGGCGAUGCCGGCGGCGUGCAGCCCGCAAAAAUCCUGCUCCGGCAGGUUGCCAAUGCAAUGACUCUAGUCCUGAUUAUGGCCAUGGCCGUCAGUUUCGGCAUCGGCUCAUACAUUGAAGGCGGCGUCAUCACCGCCGUCAUCGUCCUGAACGUCGUCGUCGGCUUUUGGCAAGAGUUCAACGCCGAGAAGACCAUGGACUCGCUGCGAUCACUCAGCUCUCCUACCGCCAGCGCUGUCAGAGGGGGCGAGAACGUCGUUGUUCCGACCGGUGAGAUUGUCGUUGGCGACCUCGUCGAGCUCAAGACUGGCGACACGAUUCCUGCCGAUAUCAGACUCGUUCAGGCUCUCAACUUUGAGACAGACGAAGCUCUGCUGACAGGCGAGUCUCUCCCCGUUCAAAAGAAUGCACACGAUGUCUUUGCCGACGACACCGGCCCUGGCGAUCGCCUCAACGUCGCCUACAGCUCGUCCACCGUGACCAAAGGCCGUGCCAAGGGCAUUGUUUUUGCCACCGGAAUGCACACUGAGAUUGGGUCAAUUGCCGCUGCUCUGCGCGCCAAGGGCUCGCGAGUACGACCGGUCAAGCGGAAUGACCAGGGCAAAGCUGGCCCUCAUCGAUUCGCGCAAGCAUACACUCUGACUGCUUCCGAUGCUGUCGGCCGCUUUCUCGGUGUCAACGUCGGCACGCCUCUCCAGAAGAAGCUGUCCCGGCUUGCGAUCCUGUUGUUUGGCAUUGCCGUCAUCUGCGCCAUCAUCGUUCUUGCUGCGAAUGGAUUCUCGUCCAACCGGGAGGUCAUCAUCUACGCUGUCGCUACCGGCCUGAGUAUGAUACCGGCUUCCUUGGUUGUCGUUCUGACUAUCACGAUGGCCGCCGGUACCAAGCGUAUGGUCGAGCGUCAUGUCAUCGUUCGCAACCUCAAGUCGCUAGAAGCGUUGGGUGCUGUCACUGAUAUCUGCUCCGACAAGACCGGCACCUUGACUCAGGGGAAGAUGGUAGCGAAGAAAGCUUGGAUUCCCGCCAUCGGCACCAUUUCAAUCGACAACACCAGCGAGCCACACAAUCCGACCGCUGGGUCAAUCGCUCUCGCUCCACAGGCACCGCGCGAAAAGACCAGUGCGUCUGGCAAGGACAUCACCGAACCCCAGAAUUUCGUCGAAGCAGAAAUCCAUCUGCAAGAAUUCCUCAAUGUCGCAUCUCUAGCCAAUCUCGCGACUGUCCACAAGAACGCCGAGGACAAGUGGCAUGCACGAGGUGACCCGACCGAAAUUGCCAUACAGGUCUUCGCUUCACGUUUCGGGUGGAACAGGUCGACCUUGACAUCUGCCGAAUCAUCAACAAGCUGGAAGAGCGUUGCAGAGUUUCCGUUCGAUUCCGACAUCAAGAAGAUGUCUGUCCUGUUUCAAGACACCAGCACCCAAGACAUGGCAGUGUUCACCAAAGGCGCCGUAGAACGACUAUUGGAUUCUUGCACCACUCUGUUCAUGCCCGACGAGACCGACGGCACUGCUGAGAUGACUGACGGCAUACGUGACGACAUCCUGGAAAACAUGGAAGCCCUUGCAGCCCAGGGGCUCCGCGUGCUCGCAUUGGCAAGCCGUAAUUGCGGCCAGGACAUCAACACAGACAAGGACAUUGACCGCAACACACUCGAAACAGAUCUCACAUUCCGCGGACUGAUCGGCCUCUACGAUCCUCCACGACCGGAGUCUGCCGCUUCGGUCCGCGAGUGUCGCAAGGCUGGCAUUGACGUGCACAUGCUCACCGGUGAUCAUCCCGGGACGGCCAGAGCUAUCGCAAUGGAAGUUGGGAUCCUGCCGCAUCGGUCGGAAUCCCUGUCCAGAGCUGUUGCAGACUCGAUGGUCAUGACUGCAAAGGAGUUUGACAGGCUGUCUGACGAUGAGAUUGAUGCUCUUCCACUCCUACCUCUCGUCAUUGCACGCUGUGCCCCCAACACAAAAGUCCGCAUGAUCGAGGCAUUGCACCGCCGGAAGAAGUUUGCCGCCAUGACCGGCGACGGCGUCAACGACUCACCGUCCCUGAAGCGCGCAGACGUAGGCAUAGCCAUGGGCCAAGCCGGCUCCGACGUCGCCAAAGACGCCUCCGACAUCGUCCUCACCGACGACAACUUCGCCUCCAUCCUCAACGCCAUCGAAGAAGGCCGCCGCAUGUUCGACAACAUCCAGAAAUUCAUCCUCCACCUGCUCGCCGAGAACAUCGCGCAAGCCUGCACCCUCCUCAUCGGCCUCGCAUUCAAGGACUCCUCCGGCCUCUCCGUCUUCCCCCUCGCCCCCGUCCAAAUCAUCUGGGUCAUCAUGAUCACAAGCGGCCUGCCAGACAUGGGCCUAGGCUUCGAGCGCGCCGCCCCAGACAUCAUGGCCCGCCCGCCCCAGCGCCUCACCCGCGGCGUCUUCACCCCAGAGAUCCUGCUCGACAUGCUCGUCUACGGCCUCUGGAUCGCUGCGCUCUGUCUCGCCGCCUUCGCCCUCGUCCUCUUCGCCUUUGGCUCCGCCGACCUCGGCGAAAACUGCAACGCCGCCUACUCCCCCCGCUGCGACACCGUCUUCCGCGCCCGCGCUACCUGCUUCGCCUGUCUAACCUGGUUCGCCCUCUUCCUAGCCUGGGAAAUGGUGGACCUGCGCCGCAGCUUCUUCCGCAUGCAGCCCGGCGGCAGGAGCAGCAGCACGAAGUACCUCCUCACCCAGUGGAUACACGACGUGCGACGCAACAAAUUCCUCUUCUGGGCCAUCAUCGCAGGCUUCGCGACCAUCUUCCCGACGCUCUACAUUCCCGUCGUCAAUCAUGACGUCUUCAAGCACACGGGCAUUACGUGGGAGUGGGGCAUCGUGUUCGUCGAGACGGUGCUGUUUUUUCUGGGCGUCGAGCUUUGGAAGUGGGCGAAGCGGGUUUGUUUUCGGAGAUGGGCUGGUGGGUGGAGGAGUGGUGGUGGGUUGUUGUGCGCGGGAGGAGGAGGAGAGGGCGAAGGCGGCGGCGGCGUUCUGGUCGAUGAGGAGAUGGGCGAGUGA